CACAUCAGGCUUAUGAGUUGCACUGUGGUUCUGAUAACGCCGUCCAUGUGUCUUGACUCGUGUACCAGUAUUGACCAUAGGGGGUGGGGGACACUGAACAUGUGUUCGGUGUUUCUAAAAUAGGAAAUUCAGUCACUGCUUGUUAGCCAAUCAAAUAAGAUCCCCACUUGAAGAGCAGAGAGCGUAUGCAGUCUCUCUACACUCAUCAAGACAUUUUGAUCAUGAUGGCAUGUCUGAAGUUUGCCUUAUACCUGACUUGUGCGUUACUGUGGAGAAUAGAACUGGCAACUAAUAAUAAAUUGUCUUCAUCUGUGCAUCAGGAUGGUGGUUUUAUAUCAGCUAAUGUUGGAGACAAUGUGACUUUGCGAUGUUUCUAUGAAGGUGAUGUUGCAGCAAUGUUUUACUGGUACAAACAAACUCUGCAACAGAAACCAAGGCUUCUCUCCUCCUUCUAUAAGCAUGAUACAAGUGGCAUUUUUUAUGCUGAAUUCAAGGACAAUCCACGGUUCUCACUUGAAACAAAUAAUGGAAAAAAUCACUUGACAAUUUUGAAUUUACAGAUUUCAGACUCAGCUACUUAUUACUGCACAAGUUGCUAUUCAUGCAAGAUUGAGUUUGGUGUAGGUUCAAGUGUGAACGUCCAAGCUGUGGUCCAUCAGUCAGCAUCUGAGACCAUCCACCCAGGAGGCUCUGUGACUCUGAACUGCACAGAUGUAGAAGAUGAAGGCAACUCUUCCAACUCUCUUGUGUGUUUCUUGAGUGGAGCUUUGAUAUUCACCACCGUCAUGAUAGCUUUGUUGGCUCUCUCAAUUUACAAGGAAAUCAAAAGAAACGUUUUUACAAUGUGA